AACAAUUCCUGCGGCUCCAGGAGCGAUCCCUGCACCGGGCUCCGCUCCCGAGUCAUUAAAGAUUUUUGCACGAAGGGUGGCUCAGCCGCCCCCGGGCAUCCAGGGCAGGAUAUAAAAACCUCCCCAUCCUCGCCGGGAUUUUCUCACUGCCUCUCCCGACUCCACUUCUCUCCGCCUCUCUGAGCUCUCCCCAGGCGAUGGCUUCCACCCAGCUGGCCUGUGCCCCUCCCUGCGAGCCCAAGUGUCCGCAGCCGCUGGCCAGCAGCACCAACGAGCCCUGCGUGGUGGCCUGCGGCGACUCCCGGGUCAUCAUUUACCCCCCUCCCGUGGUCGUCACCUUCCCGGGGCCCAUCCUCACCACGUACCCGCAGCAAACCGUGGUGGGAGCCUCGGAGCCCUCGGAGGUGGCCCUGGGCGAGCCCCCGGCCCCGCUGCCCGCCGAGGUCACGGCCAGGCUGGAGGACAAAGCGGCAGCGCCGGCGCUGGCCCGACCCGAGCCGCGCUGCGCCCCCAAAUAUUCCUACACCUACUCCUCGCAAUGGACUCAUCCCUGCAAUUCCUACCGCUCCGGGAAGCGCUGGAACUGCUGAGCCCUGCGGUGGGGGGUAAAAUUCCAGAUGAAAUUCCAGCUGCUGAAAUGGAAUUCCAGCUGCUGAAAUGGAAUUCCGGCUGCUGAAAUUCCGGCUGCAGCUGCGGCAGCGGCCCCGGGGCUGCUCCGGCUCCUCAGCCCCGCCAGAGCCAGGCUCGCGUUGCAAUUCCUUUUUUGUUUUUGGUUUUUUGGUUUUUUUUCUUUAGUUUAGAGCGGUUUUCCAGCAGCUUUCCAGCGCAGUCAUGGCUUUCCGCCGUGCUUUGGCUUUUCCCGGAUUUUUUUUACUGGCACUGAGCUUGGAGAGGUGACUUGAAAUGCUCGGAUUUGCACGGGAAAAGGGAAAUUCCCGGUUUUUACAGGCGGCAUCACUCGGGUGCUGUGAUCUGCCAGAGCCUCGCUGUACCCCUGGAAUAAUGCUCUUUGUAUCCUGUACAGUUUUGUUCCAGGAUUGUAGGAAAGCUUCUCUUUCCAAAUAAAUUUU